GAGAAACCCCUGUUUCAAUUGCUCGGCGGGAGUUUUUCACAGCUCCGCUCUCCAAUGGCAGCUCUCCAUCCCAGCCGUCCGUUCCGCCGACCGACGCUCCCCAGCCGUCCGUCGUCCCCGUCCUCGGCCACCCUCCGCCGCUUCUCUUGCGCCCUCGCUCCCUCUCCUACGUGGCCGAAGAGGCCGUACACGACGGUGCUGAUCGUCCCCACCGGCGUGGGCGCCGCCGUCGGGGGGUUCGCCGGCGACGCGCUGCCGGUCGCCCGCACCGUCGCCGCCGUCGCCGACUGCCUCAUCUCCCAUCCCAACGUCUUGAAUGCGGCAAUGCUGUAUUGGCCGAUUCCAAAUGCACUUUAUGUAGAGGGAUAUGCUCUUGAUAGAUUUGCAGAAGGAUACUGGGCUCUUCAACCUGUUCACCAAAACAAGGUAGGUUUGGUACUGGAUGCUGGAAUUGAAGAAGAACUUAGAGUUCGCCAUUUACAGGUUGCAGAUGCCACAAGAGCUGCACUUGGCCUUCCUGUCAUUGAAUAUAUCGUUACCGAUACUCCUCUGAAGGUUGAGAAGUGGAUUGACCCGAAAUGUGGAAAAUCAACUGGGAGGAUUGGGAACUCUGAUUCGUUAUUAAGAGCUGUUGAUUUUUUAGUGAAUCAUUCAGAAGUGAACGCUGUGGCAGUAGUGGCACGCUUUCCAGAUGAUGAUGAUACAGAGGACUUGGAAAAUUAUCGACAAGGGAAGGGGGUGGAUUUGUUGGCUGGAGUCGAAGCAAUUAUAAGCCAUCUUAUUGUGAAAGAAUUCAGAAUACCCUGCGCCCAUGCUCCUGCAUUAUUACCUCUUCCUAUGAGUCCGUCGCUGUCCCCGAGAUCUGCGGCUGAAGAGAUCGGAUAUACAUUUCUUCCCUGCGUGCUCGCCGGGCUAAGCAACGCCCCGCAGUAUGUGAUGAGGAGGCAGGGAUCCUCUGCGAAUGGCUGCGUCGUGGCUGGUGAUGUCGAUAGCGUCAUUCUUCCUGCCAAUGCUUGUGGAGGAGACGCGGCUAUUGCUUUUGCUCGAAGCGCAAAUAAAAACAAGCCCCUGAUAAUAACUGUUCAAGAGAAUGAAACGGUACUCGACGACACACCUGAAAAGCUCAGUAUCAAUGCGGUGAAGGUGAUGAAUUAUUGGGAAGCAAUUGGGGUUAUCGCGGCUCACAAAGCAGGUGUGGACCCAAAAGCUCUCAGAAGAGAAGGGAUUGCUAAUCUCAGGCGCAAAUCGCAAUCGUGUUUAGCUAAUUGUAAGGCAUCUACUAAUAUCUCUGUGCAUGAUAAGGUUUGUUCAUACUCUUGAAACUCUGAAUUUAUGUUUUUAAGCUUUUCUGAAUUGCAUGAUUGUCAAAGUGGCUUAAUGGUAGAGGUGAACCGUUUGCAACUUUAAUCAUGUAGAAAUAUUAAAAUCAUGUGAAAUUUUGAUUAUUUUUUUAUAUUAUAUAAAAUAAGAGCCAUAUCUCCUAUCUAAAAUUUCAA